AUUUUCCCUUGCAACAACACAGCAACAGCGGCAGUGCUGACAUGCGCCACGACCACGACCAUGACGAUGAUAAUGAUGGUGGCAAGGACCAUGAUGAUGGCAAGAAGAGGGCGUGCAACGUUUCCAAGGGACGUUCAGAUGAUGGUAAUGCAGGGCCCUUCACGGCGGCAACCAUGGAAUGGGGCUGGGACAACCGGCGUCCAGCAGGCUACGCGAAUCCUGCCUCGGCGGCAGCUUGCUGCACAGGCUGCGGCCCACAACAACAACAACAACAACAACAACGGCAAAGGCGAUGACGACGAUGACGACAUGCCCGAGCCGCCACAGCCGCCAACAUACUGCUGCCAAGGUGGCUGCGCAAACUGCGUGUGGAUCGAAUAUGCGCUGCAGCUGCAAGAAUACGAGCGCAAGCUCAACGAAAAGGGAUGGAAGAAGCAGCCUGGGUCUUCUUCUUCUUCUUCCUCCUCCUCUGCUUCCUCCUCGUCCGACGCGACGGCUAAGCAGCCGAAGUCUCCGAGCGGCUCCAUGAGCGCCAGCAUGGACGCGUUCGCCAAGCUCGAGCGUGCUAUCGCCAACAAGCGGCAGCAAAAGCAAAAGGACGCUGCUCCAAAGUCGCCGGAUGCGGCCAAUCAGGGAUUGCAGCACCAGUUUGGACAAGGGCGGAGCGCAGCUGCCUCCUCAAACAACAAGGGCGCCGAUGAGGGCAAGCAAGAGACACACGGCUUGCAGCACCAGUUUGGACAGCCUAAGACGAAGGACAAACCUGAUGUAAACCAGCAACAAGCACAACAACCUCAUGGCUUGCAACAUCAGUUUGGUCAGCCCAAGAAAAAGGGCAGCUCUGAUGCAAACCAGCAGCAGCAACAACAACAACAACAACAGCCGCCGCAAGGCUUACAGCACCAGUUUGGGCAACAAGGGCGACCCGACAAGAGUGGGAAUAAGCACGACAAGUAGCCACAAUGUUUGGGGGGGGGGGGUUCCAAAUGUGCCCGUUUCGUUAGGAUAGAUGUUGACUUGGUGGAUGUUCUCUUUGAGCUGACACGUUUGUAAUCGAACUAUCGUUCAUUCAUACUGGAGAGGGCCCACACUUACGCGCGCUCAAUUGUACUUUGUGUGUGUGUGUGUGUGUGUGUGUG